GGCGGCCAUUAAACAUAAAGCCUCGGCCCCGAAUCGGCGAGUUGAAGGCCGACGACGGGUCCCCUCCCCUCCGCAAUCGUUGGUUUUUAUUUCGUUUUAACAAUUCUGUACAACGAAGAGGGAAGGGCGGCGUCAGUCUGUCAUCCCUGGAAAACCGUUUGAGAACUCGGACAAGGAUCGCUGUGAUCGGAGUCGGGGACUUUUUUUUUGAAAAUUAAAAUAUUUCCGGCGCGAGUUGCGCAAGGCGCCAAAUUAAGUGGUCGAGUCCGGCGAGGCUCCGCGCAGGCGCAUUUGUCGGCAGUCAGAGGUCGGUGAAGAUGGCGUCGACGGAUUACAGUACCUACACUCAAGCUGCAGCUCAGCAAGGGUAUGGAAGCUAUGCUGCGCAGCCUGCUCAAGCAUAUGGACAGACAACCCAAGCAUAUGCGCAGCCGAGUUAUGGAACUUAUACCCAACCCACUGAUACAACAUAUACUCAAGCGCAAACGACUGCAGCUUAUGGACAGACAGCAUAUGCUACUGCAUAUGGGCAGCCUCAAACUGGUUAUAGUGCACCAAUUGCCCCCCAGGCUUAUAGCCAACCUGUGCAGGCUUACAGCACAACUGGAUAUGAGAGUGCCGCUACUCCUCAAGCUACGUACGGGCAGCAACCGACCUACGGUCAGCAACCUACUUAUGCUGCAUAUGGGCAACACACAGCUACGACCGUUGCACCUACCAGGUAUGUAUAUCUUGGUUUACACUGA